GCAGCUAAGAACUUCCUGAUUCUACAAUAGAACGAUCUAAAGGAGAUUUCUUCUGACAGAUUUUCCUUCCAUUUGGAAAUACUUCUUGCUGCAGUAAGAAAAGAUGGCAGGUGUAAGCUCAUGUAUGAAAUACUCUAUGUUUAUCUUCAACUUUUUAUUUUGGAUAAUUGGAUGUUUGAUUCUGGGAAUCUCUAUAUGGAUACGUGUCAGCAAAGAUAUUCAAGAGGAAUUCAAAACAGAGUCAAGCAUGCUUUCUCCGGUUAAUCUCCUCAUUGCUGUGGGCUCAGUCAUUAUGGUGCUUGGGUUUCUAGGUUGCUGUGGUGCCAUGAAAGAGAGCCAGUGCAUGCUCCUCCUGUUUUUCAUUGGACUAUUGAUGAUUCUGCUUCUUCAAAUUGUAGCAGGCAUUUUGGGAGCAGUAUAUACAUCUCAGAUUGAAGGCGUCCAAAACCAGACUCGACAAAGAGAAACUGACAUAUUGAAACUUUUUUCAAGUAAUGAUAAGGAUCUCCUGGAGGAUUUCCACAAACUUGAGAUAAAGUACAAAUGUUGUGGCCUGUUUAAUGGGAAUUCAGAUUUGGGGAAAAACAUCUAUUCUAACCAUGCAUGUGAAUGUGAUCAGACAGACAUUGGUACAAGUGAUUGUGUUGGAAAUAAGUAUGUAAAGCCUUGUGCAACUGUAAUUACAGAAAUAUUCAAGAAAAAUAUGGUUAUAGUUAUGGGGAUAGCAUUUGGACUGGCAUUUAUCGAGAUUGUUGGCAUGGUGUUUUCAAUGAGCCUUUACUGCCAGAUCCAGAAUAAAUGAAAUCAAGGAAAUCAUCAGCCAAAUGAGAAAGCUUUGUAGAUCAAGGAAUUGGAUCUGUAGUUGGAUUUUUUUUAAAAAGCACCACAUACUAUUUAUGUUUGGGGUAUUGGUAAUUUGUAACCUAUUUGACUAUUCAAAAAUAAAAAGCACUGCUCUAUAUUGUGCUGACCCAAUACAUUGUUUUCUACUCAUCUGUUUUCUGAAUUAAA